UAACCCUCGGCGCGCAUAUUUUGUCUGUCUGACUCUGUGUGUGUGUACCAUUGCGACUGGAAGAAUGGGUUGGGCGCGUGUGUGUGUGUUGUGUGCUAGUGAAGAAACAUAAGGAAGGGAAAUAAGGAUAAAGAAGACUUAGGCUGGCCGAAACUGGAGUGCUAAGCCAAGAGCUACUACUACACCUCGAAGACAGAGGAGUGGAAGAAGGUGAGGGAGUGACUUCAGCUCGCUUCAAGAAUCUUCUGCGGCAGUUGUUCAUUGUAGACGGAACAAAGGGGUCAACUUCUACUAGAUUACUUGUCUCUGAAAUGAAGGAAACCCUACCAUCAAUGAGGGUAACGAAUGUAAAUCUAUCAAAAAAUUUAUGCCAUCAGGUAUUUGAAAUCGAUCUUCAGAACCGAGCGGCUAAUGAUUGUGUGCAUAAUUUCACAUGCUUCAUCCAGGAGUCAAUUAAAGUAUAUAAUAGAAAGAAAACAGCAUUGUCAAUCAGCUAAAAACAAAUUUCCAUGUAAUAAAUGGUUCGACGACGAGUGUACGAUAGCAAAGAGAUGUUUCAAGAAAAGUGCCAGACUACUCCAGAUGGAUCCAGAAAACACAGUGCUGUAUCGACAUUUCUGGCAAGAAAGGAGGGCAUAUAAAUCACUGACCAGGAAGAAAAGACGUCAAGCAACGAUCUAUUACAUAACGAGCUAAAAUAAAUAACCCUCGCGAAUUCUGGAAGCUUGUUGAUAGGGCUACUAACCAGUCUAAGGAUCUCGAUAAUAUACCUAUCCCCAUGGAGGAACUUGGGGCCUAUUUCAAGUCUCUUCUGGAUAACAGCACUGAUAAUACAUACUGCAAUCCACCAGUUACAUCAUUUGUCCCCAUUCUUGACGAACCUAUGGUCAAAAGAGAAAUUGCACCUGCUCUAAACAUGUUAAAAAAGAAUAAAGCUCCAGGUAUAGAUGGCAUCCCUUCAUUAGUGUUUAAACUUUUCAAUGAUAAACUUAAUGUUUACAACGGCUCUAUUUAACAAGUUACUUGCAUCCGGAUGCUUGGAGCUUAGGUAUAAUUAAACCAAUACUGAAAAAGAAAUGUCCAUCCAAUUACAAGGGGAAUAACACUGCUUCCUGUAAUGGGAAACUUGGCGAAGCACAGUUUGGUUUUAGACCAGGAAGACGAACUACUGACGCAAUCUAAUGAGUUUGGAAAACAAGCAAUCGCCUUCUCUCUGAUCGCAGUGGUCUCGUGCCAACUGCCUUGCAAUAGUCAACUGCGACUUUUGCCUGCGUUUGCACACCGCUUCACCCACUGCCAGUGCUCCUACAGCGAAUGGGGCGAAUGGGAAAGGAUCAGUUCUCAGCCAGUGCCCACCUCCCAGUGCCGCAGCGGAUCUGUCGUAACGGAGGAGAGAACACAAUCCGUUAUUUUCGGCACAUGCGACCCCAGAGUGGAGACAAGGACCAUAUGUGAGCCUGACUUGGUGGAUCAGAUAAUCAUUGCUCUCGGACUGGGCAGUACUGAACAGAUGAUUGAUCCUGGUGCAGCUCCGGCGCCACAGCCCGUGCCUUUCAGACCACCACCAAACGCCUUUUACCGACCACUGCGACCAACUUCAUGCGACGACACGCGCAAAACUUGCCAACAUGUUACCGUUGACCAUGGUAAGCGGUCUGUUCGAGAGGAACUCAAGCGACCUAUCAAUAGGCAGCGUCGCUCAACAGCCGAACCCGAGCCACUCCCCUUCAAGCCAACGCAGUUCAACAUGACGGAGCAUGGACACCGCUACAGGCGCCAGUCUCGUUGCGGACCAAAUAGCACCCAGUACAUUCUCUUCGUUCUGGACACGUCUGGGAGCGUCGGAAAAAGCGAAUUCGAUAGAGCGACCGCCGUCCUCAGCGAACUGGUUCUUUUUUUCUGCCACCCGAUCAAAAUCGCAGUGAUGACGUUCGACCACGAGUACUUUGUCGAGUUCUGCUUCGAUUGCUUCGACAACACGUGCGGAGGACGAGUAAACGCCGGGGACGCCAUCAGCAGCAUCAACUACGGGUACAGUCGUUCUGGGACUCGCUGGACCCACACAGCCGGAGCCGCGCUGUGCGUCUGCGACUUCAUGCUUACCGAAAUUUGUGGUGUACCUGUUGCCUCGGACUGCAUCGACGUUGUUUUCAUCACUGACGGAAGAUCCAACGAUCCAAAUCUGAACGUCUGCGAUGAGAUUGCGUGCCUCCACGACCGUUACGGCGUCACAACGUAUGCAAUCGGAAUCGCAAACGCAUACCAACAACAGCUUGAAUGCAUUAGUAACGCAGAUCCAGACUUCUUCCAUUUGUUUAACUUUUUCGAUUUUGAUGAAUUCGAGGAUACCUUCCAUGAGCUGGUUGAUAGGCUACAGAAUGCGACGACAGGAGAUCCAUACGUCUGCAUCGGCACAGGGGGUGUUGGCACUGCUGGCUGCAACAAAUGAAAUGCUAGAGCUAAUGCUAACAGACAGUCCAUUGUUAUAACCUAUUUCAUGUAAAAAAAUGAAAAAUGAAGCAGUUAGCGAUUUAUCUGUACUUGGCCCAAUUUAUACACGCUGGCCGGG